AACCGUGGCUCGUUCUCAACAGAGUGAGUAGAGUUGAGCUUGGACCAAUAGACUGAACUGUUGGGAAUAUUGCAGAUAUAGGCUAACUGGAAAGAUGGUUGACAAGUUUGUGGGGACCUGGAAAAUGAUUUCCAGCGAGAACUUUGACGACUACAUGAAAGCUUUGGGUGUUGGUUUCGCGACCCGACAGGUGGGAAACCGCACCAAGCCCAGUUUGAUCAUCAACAUGGACGACCAAGGAAUGAUCUGUUUGAAAUCUCAGAGCACUUUCAAAACGGUUGAGGUUAAAUUCAAUCUCAACGAGCCUUUCGAAGAAACAACCGCAGACGACAGAAAAACAAUGACCGUUUUUAGUCUUGAAAAUUGCAAACUUGUGCAAAAACAGAAGUGGGACGGCAAAGAGACAACAAUAGAGAGAGAGGUGACUGGUGAUGGAAAGUUGAUAGCGAAAUGCAUGAUGGGAGAUGUGAUUGCGGUGAGGACAUACAUGAAGGAGGUGUAAUGGGACUCAGGACCAUUUUGUUUCGGAUGACGACAGGCUCAGUUCAAUGAGCAGCAAAGCUAAAGUUACAGCGCGUAUUGCUCAUAUUAUUCAUUGUAUUGCCAAACAAAUUUAUGCAUUGUAAUACUUCAAUAUAAUAAAUUUGGUUAUAAACAUUGUUCUGGUUUUAAUAAAAAACUUUAAAUUUC